AUGGCACGUACUAAGCAGACAGCCCGCAAAAGCACUGGCGGUAAAGCCCCGAGGAAGCAGUUGGCCACUAAGGCGGCGCGCAAGAGCGCUCCAGCCACCGGUGGCGUGAAAAAACCUCAUCGUUACAGGCCUGGCACAGUCGCUCUCCGUGAGAUACGAAGAUAUCAAAAGUCCACCGAGUUGCUUAUCCGCAAGCUGCCCUUCCAGCGUCUCGUUCGCGAGAUUGCUCAGGACUUCAAAACUGACCUCCGAUUCCAGAGCUCCGCUGUCUCUGCCCUGCAAGAAGCAAGCGAGGCGUAUCUGGUUGGUCUCUUCGAGGAUACCAACCUCUGCGCCAUCCACGCUAAGCGUGUCACCAUUAUGCCCAAGGACAUACAGCUCGCCCGACGCAUUCGCGGAGAGCGCGCUUAA